ACCACCUCGCUCCCUCCUUCACCUCCAUCGACGUUGCUGCAGCCCCUUUGCCGCAGCCAUCGUCUAGCAGGCCCACACGACAGGCCUCUCCCAGACACAGCACACGCCCUUCCCAGCCUGCUCUAAGCUCUUCCACCCCCAGCCUCGGGCUCUCCACCUCCUCAUCACUCUCUCAACAUGUCGAUCAUGGAGUAUAACGGUGGUUCGGUGGUCGCCAUGGUCGGAAAGGACUGCGUUGCGAUCGCUUCAGACCUCCGUCUGGGUGCCCAGGCGACGAGUAUCGCGGCCAACUUUGACAAGGUCUUCCCUGUCAACGACACGCUGUACAUGGGCCUCCCUGGACUCGCUACCGACGUCUACACAUUGCGCGAGCAGCUGCGCUUCCGCGUCAACAUGUACCGCAUGAAGGAGGAGCGUGAGAUCACGCCCCAGACCUUCACCCACCUCGUCUCGAGCACCCUCUACGAGAAGCGCUGGGGACCAUACUUCAUCGAGCCCGUCAUUGCCGGUAUCGCCCCUCCAAGCGCCGCCAACCCCAACCCCAAGCCUUUCAUCUCGACCAUGGACACCAUUGGAUGUAUCACCACCCCCAAGGACUUUGCGGUUGCCGGUACGGCGACCGACAAGCUGUACGGUGCUGCCGAGGGACUGUGGGAGCCUGAUCUCGAGCCCGAGGACCUCUUCGAGACCAUCUCGCAGACCCUCCUGAACGCUGUUGACCGCGAUGCUCUCAGUGGUUGGGGAGCCGUUGUCCACGUCAUCACCAAGGACAAGGUCAUUACGCGAACGCUCCGCUCAAGGAUGGACUAAGGCGAGGGCGGUCGAAUACAUCGUCAUUGUUAGAAGGAGAGGUGCCGAGGCACUCAGCAGCAGUCAUGCAUGUAGUCAAUCUCACAGA